GAGUGAUAUAUGCUUCAGUAAGAUUGGCUUUGUAGCAUACAUAGCAAUGGUUAUCAACUGUACCACAAAAAAUAGAGGUUGUGGUGGCAGCUGCGAGGAAGUAUUUGGGUGUAUGAGAUUUGACGUCAGAAGAGUUACAGUUGAGUGGUGGUGUCCCAUCCUUCCAGUCCGUUGGCCUGCGCUAGGACUUUUCCCACUCAAGGUAUAAGGGAUUUAUACCCAAGUCUAGUUGGUGGCGGUAAUGCAACAUUUAUUGGAUGCCAACCGCGUUAAACCACGAAGAAGAAGAAGACUCAUAAUAAUAAUAAUAAUAAUAAUAAUGAAGAAGAAGAAGACGCAGACGAGCGGGGUGGAAAUUGAUGGGAUGACACGGAAGCUAACUGCAGCCCCAGAAAGAUGACCUGCACCACCCUAGGGCAUGGUCAGGAUGGGGCCAGAUGUGCCCAUGCUCAAUGAAUACAAGCAGGAGUUCUGGAAGCGCUUCCCUCAGAUGGUGCUGGGGGGUUCCCAGCUUGAAGUUGGGCUACUGCGCCCCGCCUUAUAUCUAUGUCAACCUGGGGGUGUUGUUCUUGACACCAUGGCUGUUGGGUGGCAUUGGCACGCUGCUGUGCCAGCUGCAGCUGCUGGAGGAGCUCCACGCUGCUGUGCUGUCUGGUAUGCUCAUGCCGGUGGCAGCAGUGGGUGUCCAGGCCCUGGCACUGUAUGCAGCCUGCAGGAAUGGCACAGUGGAGAGGUUGGGAGUGCCCAACUUCCUGGCUGACGAGGAGGUGGAGUUCAACUGUGUAGGCCCAGAGAGAGUGAGGUUGAUCGCCCCGGGGAAGAGGUUUGGGCUGAACGUGGUGCUCCACACCAUGCUGGCGGGGGCCCUCUGUGGCCUGGGGACAUGGUAUGUGCUCCUGGGCAGGUUAACUGCACUCUGCGGCAGUGUGGGUGUAGCCUUGGUGGUCUUUGUCCUGAGCUGGGUGACUGUGUACGGCAGAGUACUCCCUUAUCAACAUGGCCACAGAGAUGGCCACAUUCCAGGCACAGGACACCUAUGAGAUCACCCCACUCAUCCGACCACUCUACAUAUUAACUUUCAUAGCUGUGGACCUUGCUGAUAGAUUUACCGGUCCAGUGCCAGAGCUCCAGCUAACCAGUCAGGUUCUUCAUGUGGUGUUCCUGGUCCUGCCUCUGCUGUUGGUGCUGGGCAUGCUGUCACCUCUGGACACCCUCCUCCUUUGGGGCAUGGAGUUGCUGGGGAUGUUCGCCAUAUCUGCAUGUGUCACUAUUCGUACCUUCUUCAUCCCGUCCACCAUGGGUGUGGUCGUCUUCUCCAUGGCCAUGGAGUUUCUGCUUAGUUUAGACCUCAGACAAUUUGGGGCACAUUGUAGGAGGGUCCGGGGUGACCCGCGGCGACAGUGGAUGGCGUAGGGGGGCAUCCCCUGCCACUCCCCGCUGGUUUGGCUGGCAGUUGUGCUGCAGGGAGAUGCUGCUCUACCUGGGGCUGCUGCUGGGGGCCAUGGCUGAGGCAGGCCUCUUACAUCACUUACUCAGUCCCUCUCAGCCCCAGAACCUGGCCAGGGGACCUCAAGCUGCUGUCAGCUACCUCCUCCUCAUCCUCUUCAUUGUCUGCUGGGCUCUCGGAGAGAUCCAGGGAGCCUAUGUUUUUGGAGGAGUGUUCCUCAACCCACUGUACCCAAGAGGAAUGGCCAAUGUCCGGGUGUUCAAGCAGCGCAGAAGGGGUCUCCACGUGGCUGGGGCCAUCAGGAGGGUGCUGCUCAAUCUGGUGUCUCCCUUUGCAAUGAUUGCUUUGCUGAUGCUGGAUGGCUCUGUUCAGCAGCUCCACACAGCCUCUCUUAGUGUGGGAUUCACCCGGGCCUUCAGAGUGGUACACGGAUUAUUUUAUGUAUAACGUGUGGCAGAGCUCUGAGGAUGCCCUGUUUCAGAUGGUGGUGUCAGUGAGGCUGGCUGCAGUGGAAACCAGACUUCCUGGGUGGGACAGUAUGGGCAUAGGGGUCCAGCUCCUUCUGGUGGGCCUGCUGAGUGAUAGGCUGCUCCAGUUCCUGUCCAAGCUGAAGUUUGCCCUGGCUGUGCUGGUGACCUCCUGGACUGAGAAGAAACAGCGGCGUCAGUCAGCCGGGACCCUCCUGGCCCUGAACGCUUCCCUGUGCCCUCUGCUGCUCUCUGUGGUGUUCCUGUCUGCCAUGAUCUCUGCUCCUCUGCUGCCCCUCUUCACCCUGCCCAUCUCGUUGGGCUUCCCUAGGCCUCAGCAUAGUUGGGUUGGGCCCGUGGGCACCGCCUGCCCCUGUCCAGACUCCAUCUACUACCAGCAGAUGAGUGGGAGCCUGGCCUGUGCUCUGAGGAGUACCUUCACCAGGGGAUCACUUUGCUUGUUCUCUGGCUCCCACUUCCUGGGUCGCUUCCAGGACACCGCAUGGUUUUGGAUCAUGAUCUUGGAGAGAGGAUAUGGCGACUGCACGGUCAACAUCAAGGGUCUGGAGCUGCAGGAGACAUCGUGCCACACAGUGAGGGUGGAUGAGGUGUUUGAGGGGGCAUUUGAGCACCCUGGUCUCAACCAGGGGUUAAACCUGCACUUGGGCAGUGCCCUCACCCCAUGUGCUGCCCUGCCUGUCCGUGUCUACUCUGAUGCCCGAAAUGUGCUUUUGGGUAUCAUUGACUCGCUUGACCUGAGGAAGCUCCAGGAUGACUUCCUGAAGGCCCUGGUGUGGCUGCUGCUGAGGAACUCUGUCCAGAGACAUAAGACUUUCACUGGUGACACCGAGGAGGGGACAGGGGAAAAGGGAAGUAAGUCCCAGCCCUCCCAUCUUGGCCAGUCAACUGUCACCCAGCCUGCAGAGGCUGUCAUGGUGGAGUCCGUCUCCUCUCUCAAGUUUAGACGGGACAGCUCCAGUUUGACCUCCUUCGGUGACUGGUCAGAUGAGGAUGACCUGUUUGGGGCUCAGCCAGCCAGGAGGACGGUGGUGCUGGUAAGUACGGAGGCCCAGCUGGGGGACACAGUGCUCCACACCAGCCCCUCACUGCCAAGCUCUGUGGAGAUGGACAGUAGGUUUGAAAACAUGGCCCUCUCGUCCCUCCAGCCUCUGGGGCUCCCGGCUGUGGAUAAGGGCAGGAACCCUGAAGUAUCCCCCACAGAGUCCUCCGGCAUCUUGGCCCAUGCAAACUUCAGCUGCCCCCACACUGAGCUGUUCAGUCUGCCCCCUGGGUGGAGGACAUCCCCCUUAUCAUCCCGGUUGCAAGCCCUAUGCUUUUGUUCCAUGAGGAGUGGUUUUCGGUUCACUCUGGGGCAGUUGGUGCUGUCCAUUCAGGACAAGGCUUUGGAAGAUGUGACCAAAGCCCUGAAGGAGGAUGAGGAGCUGAGGGACCUGUCAUGCCUCAUCUCCCUGGGGGCGUCUGCCUUUACCAGCCCCAGCUAUGUCUACAGGGUCUACUGUAGGGACGUGCCUUGGACAGAGGGGCUGGAGUGGCUCUCUGAAAACAAAGAACUUUACCAGCUUGCACUUAAGGCUUUCAGGUACAGUUCCUCUUCUCUUCCUCUUCUCACCGGCCAUGACCUCACCCUGGUAACCAAACUACACCUGUGUUUCUGUUACCUUACUAACUCACAGGGUUCUCACUACAGUAACCCAACAAACAACUGAUGAACUAUUAACAUUGCUUAAAUUGUUUGUUUGUAUAGAGUGUUUGGUGUGGUCUUUGGGGUGUGUGUAUUUUAAACUGAGCUAGUGGUCAGUACAGUAAGUGACCUCUACCUGCCUGUCACUACAGAGCACUUACACAGGGCUAGUUCAGGUAGGCUGUCUGAAUGAGGUGGUGGUGCGUGGCCAGUGGGCUAACCUGUCCUGGGACCUGCUCUACGCCACCAACGAUGAUGAGGAGCACUUCAGCAUCCAGGCCCACCUCAUCAUGCUGAGGAACCUUACUGUCCAGGCAGCCGACCCCCCUCUGGGGUACCCCAUCUACUCCUCUGUCCCCCUGCACCUCCCCUGCUUAUAACCCCAACCCCUUGUUGGGAUACGCCAUCUUCACCGACUCCCCUAUACCCACCCUGCCUCUGGUUUGCCUAACUUUAAUCACUGGGUAAGCCCAAUGUUGUGGCCUGUAUAUGUAACUCAUCUAGGGGUCGGCAACAAGCCAAAACUGGCCCGCAAUUAAUUUUUGGCCCCAAAAAGUUUUGUAAAAUACAAGAUUCAAUGUAUUUGGGGGAUUUUAGUUUGAAAAAAUACUAUAAUCACUAGAAAUUAAAAAAAAAAGUUUCAUUUAGGAAAUCUGUUCCAGUGUUCCUACAAAUAAAAACAGGUGCUCGUGUCUCAAUGUAUGUAAUACUUUUUUGCUAAAUUCAAUCUCUUUUGGGCUUAGUUGUGGUCAAUUUGCAGUUUACAAGUUAUAAUUAUUUUGCGUCCCCUCGGCAAAAAUUGGCCCGCAGCUGAAUCUAGUCGGCUACCCCUGCACUAGGGUAUCUUAGGAAAGUACCUGGAAGGCAGAUUAAAACAAAUGGUUUCAUUCAUGCAGGAGCGACAUUACCAAAAGUGUGUCCCGUGUGGCUCAGUUGGUAGAAAAUGUAAAUGUAGAGCAUGGUGUUUGCAACGCCAGGGUUGUGGGUUCGAUUCCCACGGGGGACCAGUACGGAGAAAAAAAAAGGAUGAAAUGUAUGCAUUCACUACUGUAAGUCGCUCUGGAUAAGAGCGUCAGCUAAAUGACUAAAAUGUAAAUGUAAAAAUGUGUGUUACUAGUUCAAACAACGAAAUAUCAGCUUUCUGGAGAAAAAAAUAUAUAUUUACAUGGGAUAUAAUUGUUCAGAAUACAUUUAUCAUUCUGGAAAAAACAAUUGUAUCAUGUGUAAAUUAAAUUUAAAUCAGAUACAACCACCUUCCCCCGAAGAGGACAGCCAACACAGUGCCAAUUUCAUGAUAAACCUAUUUAGCAAAUGUUUUCCCUCAAAUACAGUUAUGUAAUGCUCCCAAAGGAAAAAUGGGACAAAGAUUUAGCUUUUUAUUAUUAUUCACUGUUAAAUUCAAGGAUGUGCCUUUUGGUUGGUCUUUAUUUUGCUAUCAUUUCGUUUACAGUUCACUUGUUUUUAAGACUAAUUAAUGUUCUCUUGUACAUACUGAUGUGUGUAUUUGAAUUAUAAUGUAUAUACACUUAUAAUAAAGUUUACAAAGAAA